CUAUGAAUCGCAUAAUGUGGCUGCUCUUUAUGAGAAAGGCAUGGGUGAAAUGCCGUAAUAUUUGUACGAAACAUCUUCAAACGUGCUUAAAUUCGUGAAUAUUAAAUGUGAGUCGGGAGUUGGUGUUAAGUGUACUAUGUAUUAUUUAGACGUUUCUCUAAUAUUACCACAUAAUCCUGGUCUUGAAGUGUCAAGAGUUUAUUUAAAGAAAAACAUUCUUGAGUCAUUAAAACAAUUAUUUGGUGAAGAAGGGACUAAGUAUACUAUUGAUAUCCUAAAAUAUAAUCCAAAAGAACUUAGAUGUGUUUUAAGGUGCACUGAUGAUUGUUAUGUACGUUUAAGAGCAGCAUUAACCUUAAGUGACAAAUACGAAGGACAAUCUUGCACUUAUAUUAUUCAUCGUGCUUCGCCAAAUUUAUUAUCAUUUUGUGCCGAUAGUAGGAAUUAUAAACAUUGAAAUAUAAAGAUUCUGGAUAUAAAAACAACUUAAGUUUGAAGAAAAACCAACUUAAUUCACUUACAUCAUUUUUAAAAAGGAAAAUAUUGAUUUUUUUGUUUUGUAUUAAUUUUUUUAUUAAUUAUUCAACAAUGCCAUUCGUUCAUAAGGAAGGUAAAGAUACUAUAAUCUUUGCUUCAAAGGAAGAUCAUGCAACACCCAGUAAAAUAGAUCUUCCAGAACCAGAACCAAGUCCUGGUCUCUUGUUAGCAAGUGGAGAAAUCAAUUGGAAUUGUCCGUGUUUAGGAGGUAUGGCUACUGGACCGUGUGGUUUGGAAUUUCGAGAAGCCUUCUCUUGUUUUCAUUAUUCAACCGCAGAACCAAAAGGUUCGGAUUGUUACGAUGCAUUUAAAACUAUGCAAUCGUGUAUGGUGCAGUAUCCAGCAUUAUAUGGAAAGAAAGGAGGAUCUUUAGAUGAUUUAGACGAUGAAGAAGAUCCAAUGGAUGAACAUAAAAAAAAAUUAGAAAAUGAAAACAAAGUCACACAUUUAGAAUCAAAAGUAAAAGAAGUUCCUCAUAGUUCUAGUAUCGAAACAGGAAUAGAACAAACUAAUGUUAAAUGAAUGAUUUGUUUGUUUUUGUCAGUAAAUAAAUAAUUAAUGCAUUUGCAUUACAAAGUUAGAGUAAAUUUUUACUAGAAUUUAAUAAAAGGAGAAUUUCUAAAGUUCUUACGAGAAAAACAGGUUGUGCAAGAAAGCAUUUUUAAAAUAAAAUAUCUUUAAAUAUUGU